GUUUCGGGACAGGCGGGCGAGCGCCGCUUCCCCCGAGGGAAAGCUCUCGCUUCCACAACGACAGGCAGCCCCAGCUGACUUGACUCCCUGCCGGUUGCCCCUGUGCUGGUCAGGGCUCGACGAGGGCUCUGGCUGCCUUUGCAUUCACUGUGCCUUUGCGAGCGUUGUGGGUUGCUCUCAGUUGGGAGCCAGCAUGACACAAGGAGGUGGGAUGCUUAUUAACCCGUCCACAGCGGCAGUUUCUUGGGCCCUGACAAGCUGCUCCCAGCCCGCCUCCCCCGGGCAAGUUUCAGGGUCUCCUCGGGAAGGCAGGAGCUCAGCACUCUGUCCGCUCCUCGCCCUCUCUCCUCUCCCCGAGAGCUGUGCUCCAUAUCGAAGGAGCAACAGGCUAAACCAUUUUACUUGGAAGAAAGAAAAUACCAACAAAUGCGCUAAGCUCGUUUGGAGCUGCUGCCUCUAAAUGGAGGAAUCGGCCAACGCCAAACUACUGUGCAAUGGAGGAACACAUCUGGUAUGGCAUCUUGGAACAGGGUAAUAGCAGCAGAUGUCCUUUGUUGCAAGGGAGGGCCCCUCUUAUUCUGAAACUGUUCCACUUGGACAACUCCAAAAUCUGCUGCGCGCGGUAGAAAUAUCCCCCCCCCCGCCGUGCCUCAUACUAUAUUCUGUUUUAAUUGAAUCAACAUUAAAAACUAUCAUCCUAGUACUCGCAAGCCAGGGCAAGAGGCAGCGGAGUUAUCUAAGUUCCGGAGAGAACAGCUUGGAUUAUGCGAAUGUCUUUCUGCUUCCUAGAGGUCAAUAAAAGGAAACCUUUUACUGAAAGGUGUAGGACUGAUCGGUGGCUAAGGAGAUGACAACUAGGAAUAAGGUGCUGAGCUAAUAUUAGAGCCGAGGUAGUGGUGGUGAUAGUGUCACCAGAUAAGUGGGUGGGUGAUCGCUAAACCCUUGCUCUCGUCAUUUGCUUAUCUCGCCUAGCUGCUUUGCCUUUACUAAAUGCAAAAGGGUGUUCUGAGUGGCGCUGACACGUCAUAAGAAUUUAUUUUAAACUGCUUCCCAGUGUUUAACUGCAUAUAUAUUAUUAAUUUGAACUGUACAGUGCAGAAAAGAAUAUUUUAACAAAAUGUGAAGGCAACGGAUAAUUGUUGACCGAAGCAAAAGGCAGCCAUAUAGUUUUGUCAUGUACAAGUGGAAAUGAAGGACACCUGAACUAGAAAACCCGAUGUUUCCUGAAUAGGGGAUGGAGCUUUUAAAUGAAGUCAUGGGGAGAGGAGAGUGUGUGUCAACAGUAUCAGGUCAAAACCUGAAAACAUACAUUUUUGCACACGUCUUUUGCUGGAUUACAGAAAGGAGCCAUGAAUGACAUUGCACAGAAGACUGAGAUUCUGCUUUCUUCGUCUAAACCUGUCCUAAAGUCCUAUGUUCCCAGACUUCGAAAGGGUGAUGUAAAGGAUAAAUUUGAAGCCAUGCAAAAAGCAAGGGAAGAAAGAAAUCAAAGACGAUCUAGAGAUGAAAAGCAAAGAAGAAAAGAACAAUAUGUUAGAGAGAGAGAAUGGAACAGGCGAAAGCAGGAGAUGAAAGACCUGCUUGCUUCAGAUGAUGAAGAACAAAAGGUUUCUCAAGUAGAGAAAGCUUAUGUUCCAAAACUGACAGGAACUGUCAAAGGAAGGUUUGCUGAAAUGGAAAAGCAGAGACAAGAAGAAGAAAGAAAGAAAAUGGAUGAGGAACGCCAGCGAAGAAUUGAGCAAGACAUGAUAGAGAAAAGGAAAAUUCAGAGAGAACUGGCAAAGAAAGCACAGGAGAUUGAUGAACAGUUAAACAAUUCGGGAACUGAAUCAGCAUCGGAGGAAGGUGAUGAGUCAUUACUAGUGACAGUAGUUCCUGUAAAACCUAAUAAAGCACCUGGGAGGAUGAAAAUAAGUUUUGAGGACCUAGAGAGAGAAAGAGAAGAACAAGAAAGGCGAAAGCUUCAAGAAGAAAAACGAUUGAGAUAUGAGCAGGAAAAGCAUGCUCUCAGGGAAGUCAAAUAUUUUUCACCAGAUGUGGAAGAAGAUGAAAGCUUUGGCAGUGAAAGAAAAGAUUCUUCCUCUCCUGGUAAAGUGAAGUUGACAUUUGAAGAACUGGAAAGACAAAGACAAGAAAACCAGAGGAGGCAAGCUGAAGAGGAGGCAAGGCUACGUCUCGAAGAGGAAAAGCGUGCCUUCGAAGAAGCAAGACAAAAAAUGGCCGAUAAUGAUAAUGAUGAUGAUGAUGAAAAUUCUGCCAAGGAGUUCCAUCCUGGAAAACUUAUACUUACCUUUGAGGAAUUAGAAAGACAGAGGCAAGAAGAAGAAAAAAGAAGAACUGAGGAGGAGGCCAGAAGGCGUAUAGAGGAAGAGAAAAAGGCUUUUGCUGAAGCAAGAAAAAGCAUGGCCCCAGAUGAUGAGCUUUCACUGAUGUCAAAAACUGUAUCUCAAGAAUUUCUCACACCUGGAAAACUGGAAAUUAAUUUUGAAGAGCUAUUGAGACAAAAACAGGAAGAAGAAAAGAGACGCACAGAAGAAGAGCGCAGGCAAAAACUAGAAAUGGAAAAGCAAGAAUUUGAACAGCUUAGACAAGAAAUGGGAGAGGAAGAGGAGGAAUGUGAAAACUUUGGGUUAAGCAGAGAAUAUGAAGAGUUAAUAAAAUUAAAAAGAAGUGGUUCGAUUCAGGCAAAGAAUUUGAAGAAAAAGUUUGAAAAAAUUGGGGAGUUAUCUAAAGAAGAAAUACAAAAAAAAAUUGAAGAAGAAAGAGCAAGGAGGAGAGCUGUGGACGAGGAAAUAAAAGAAAGAGAAGCAGAGAAAUUUCAAGAGGAAGAUGAAGUGGAUGUAAAACCAGCCACAAAAUCUGAAGCACCAUUUACACACAAGGUCAACAUGAAGGCUCGAUUUGAACAAAUGGCAAAGGCAAGGGAACAGGAGGAACAGAGGAGGAUUGAAGAACAAAAAUUGCUUCGCAUGCAAUUUGAACAGAAGGAAAUUGAUGCAGCAUUACAAAAGAAAAAAGAAGAGGAGGAGGAGGAGGUUGGGAGCAUUGCUAAUGGUUCUGUUUAUGAAGAUGAAGAAGAGCAAGCACGGUCUGGUGCACCAUGGUUCAAGAAACCUCUUAAAAAUUUAUCUGUUGUUGAUAGUGAACCAGUAAGGUUUACUGUUAAAAUAACUGGAGAACCCAAGCCAGAUGUUACAUGGUGGUUUGAAGGGGAAAUGUUACAGGACUGUGAGGACUAUCAGUAUAUUGAAAGGGGCGAAACAUACUGUCUUUACUUACCAGAAACUUUUCCAGAAGAUGAAGGAGAAUAUAUGUGUAAAGCAGUAAACUGUAGAGGAACAUCAGCUAGCACCUGUAUUCUCACUAUUGAAACUGAUGACUAUUAAAUAUCCUACUUUUUCUGGAACCUUCCUUCUCUAAAUUUACUGCAUCCAUCUCACUCCUAUGGUGGGGCCAACAAGAAGUUGUCUAUCAUUCCUCAAAUAAGUUUCCCAUUUGUCUGAUUCUCACUUGGCUUGACUGAACUUUGACAACUGAAGUUUGAUUCAUUUAACUACAGUGGCUCAGUUUAAACAUGUACCCUGGUGGCUGCUUGUUUAUGUCACUGCAUUGCUCCAUGUAAUGAUAUUCCAUCAGACAAGCGAGGCUGUGUGUGCAAAGCAGCUUGCCGUAUGGCUCCAGCAGUUCUUCACCACAACGAAGUAUGCAUCAGAGUGGUAAAAAUUAACAGAUGUGUAUGAUAGGCUACUUUACAUAUGUAUUUUGCUACUGAGAGUAACCUUUAUUUCACUGUUUUCAGGUAUGAAAUUAGGCCCAAACCAUAUGAAAAGCCAAAGACCCAUUACUUCAUUCUACAUCUCUCUGGUCCUGGCAACUUUAUGAACAAAAGUAUGUUCUUGGUUAAACUAUUCAGUAUCCAAACCUUAAUGCAGCAGUUUAAAUUAUGCUUUGUUUUCCUUUUAAUCUGAAUUAAUAGAAUUAAAUAAAGUUCACAAUAGACUGCGAACAGAACUAUGUAAUUACCAAGUCUACAUGAAGUUGUAAAUCAAGGUUCUUUGAAAUCAAGCAUUUACAUUUUAUAUUAGAUGGCAGAAAUUGUCCAGUAUCUUGCCUGGAAUACUGAACCAAAUUUGUAUCAUUCAGGUUGAAGGUGUCAGCAUGAUAGUGGAUGAUUUUUCAAUUUGUAUCUCAUCUUGUCUAACUUAUCUACUGAAUCAUCUCACUACAUCAUUUUACGAAAAAGAUUAUAUGUAUAUGAUUGAUAAAUAUACUUAGAACAAACCAGUAGAUGUUUGCUAUAAGCAGUAACCAGCUAAGCCCCAGUAAAUAUGCACUGGAAACUCAGAAUGAAAAGAUACGAAAUAUAGAAUAUAGAAUCUUCCACUUUGAUUUGGGCUUAUACUACAUUUAUUGGUUCUAAUAAUUCAAUUUUAUGUUGUGUCCAGGAGAUGACUCGUUUUUCUUUAGUGUAACAGUGUAUCAAAUUCCUAUUCUGUAUUUUGAAUUUGGUACAGUAAUAAAUACGUUCUGUUCCUAAAA